AUGCUCACCUUUGAGGUGGUGAGGUUCCAGGGAGCAUACCACGCCAUUCUUGGGCGGCCAUUCUACGCCAAGUUCAUGGCGAUCCCCGACUACACUUACCUCAUGAUGAAGAUGCCGGGCCCGAAGGGUGUCAUCACCAUCGGCUCCUCGUUCGAGCACGCCUAUCAGUGCGAUGUCGAGUGCGUCAAGCACGCCGAGGCUCUGGCUGUGGACAAGGCCCUCAUCGCGGAAUUGGAGAGGAUGGCGAACGAGGCCAUGGACUCCACGCAGCGACACGUAGGCCGCUUCGAGCCUGCAGAGGGCACCAAGGACGUACCCCUCGAUCCGAAGACCCCCGACGGCAAGACGCUGAAGAUCAGCGCUACCCUCGACGACAAAUAG